UAUUAGAAAUUAAAUGACUAGGACAAGAUGAAAGAUAAUAUUGUUGCUAAACUCUCCGGGCAUGCUGACGAUCUUUAUGCUGAAGUCCUCAAGAAUAUGCAGAAGGAAGCAGUUCGAGGGUUAUGGGAUAAAGAAUGGUUACCAAUGAUAUCAGGGAAGCAAGCGCUGUACAAUGGUAUAGCACAGUACCAUCAAUCUAGAGUCUGCAAUACUAGUAAGGUAAACAGCAUUACUGUACAGUGCACACUGCACAAUGUACAGAGCUAUUUUACAGAUUUGAAGAAUAUGUAUCAAACUCAUCUCUCCCAAAUUGAAUGAUAAAUUUGCAUGUGA